CGACUCCAUGUUCUACCAGUUGCACAAUUUAGACACUAGCGAAUGGAAUAUAGCUGGUUUUCUCGUGCCUGUUUUAUUUUAGCAAUACGUUUAAUUUGUAUUUGUCAGUUAUAAGUUUAUGUUUGGUAAAUAACCAAAUAAUCUUACUUUGCACAAUUGCCAACAACACCAAUACAUUACGAAUAUACGAUUGCACAAAUAUUUUACACGAACUUCUGAACUUAAAAUUGAUCCUUUACAAUGUGUGAUUUAUUCGUUUACAUGGCCUAGUAUAUCGUCCUAGUUGUCAAACAACAUACCUGUUUUUAAAUCGUUUAAUUUAAAAUACUUAACUAAUGGCACAAAACACAGCCCGUCCCGUCGCAAAAAAGUGACGUAGGUGGUCACGUUAUCUCAGCUGUCCGGCUGCACCCGAGGAAGAUAAUUUAAAAAACGAAACACAUUUAAAUUGGAGUCGCUUGGCAUUAGGGAACACCAUCACUAAACGUGCCCCAGCGCUGGCCCAGACUGUGCCCAGGGACGACGGCCCGCCAUGCGACCACUCAGAGACGCCCAGCUGGGGGCGUUCACCUUCUUCGCCUCGGCCCUCCCCCACGACGUGUGCGGUAGCAACGGCCUGCCCCUCACCCCCAACUCCAUCAAGAUCCUGGGCCGCUUCCAGCUCCUGAAGACCCUCACACACCCGCGUCUCUGCCAGUACGUGGACAUCACCCGGGGGAAGCACGAGCGACUGGUUGUGGUGGCGGAGCACUAUGAGAGCAGCCUGAACGACUUCCAGAAGCAGGGGAAGACAGUGAGCCCAGAGAGGGUUCUGCAGAUAGCCUACGAGGUGCUGGAAGGGUUGGUCUUCAUGAACAAACACCGCAUGGUCCACCGUGCUCUCAACUCACACAACGUCCUCCUGGACUGCAAGGGUAACGUGAAGCUGGCCAAGUUUGGCCUGUAUCACAUGACUGAUCGUGGGGCAGAUGUGGACUUCCCUAUUGGAUAUCCAUCAUACUUGGCUCCGGAGGUCAUUGCCCAGGGCUCAGCCCACCUCAGCGACCCCUCCAGUGGCGACGCCCCCCUGCCCUCCGGACCCAAAGCUGACGUGUGGUCUCUGGGGGUGCUGCUCUUUGAGCUGUGUGCUGGCAGGAGACUUCUGCACAACAUUGAGAUCAGAGAGAGGUUGAAAUUCAUCAUCACUCUGGGCUGUAUGGACGAGAUAGUCACUGUGCUGGCUGAGGAACAUGGCUGUCUUGAUGCCAUCAAGACCCUCCCAGAGAAAGUCUUGGACUUACUGAGGAAAUGUCUGACCUUCCUGCCAUCCCAAAGGCCGACUCCAGCAGAGCUGCUGUCUGACCCAGUGUUUGAGGGGGUGUCUGGUCUCUGCAACCCCUUCCAGCCCCCCCCAGGCCUGUUCUCCUCCUCGCUACGCUGCGCCCUGCUGGAGCUCCCAGACCAGCUCAGCAAGCUCUGCCCAGACGAGGAGGAGGACUACCUGGCUGAGAGAGCCAUAGAUGAGGUGUACCACCUGUGGUGUCUGGCCGGAGGAGACCUGGAGAAGGAGCUCACCAACAAGGAGAUCAUCCUGUCCAAGCCUCCAGUCUGCACCCUGCCCAAGUUCCUGCUAGAGGACGGGGAGUCGUUUGGCCAGGGUAGGGACCGGAGUUUCCUAUUGGACGACACCACCGUCACUCUGUCCCUCUGCCAGCUGCGAAACAGGCUGAAGGAUGUAGCAGGAGAGGCUUAUUACCCCAUACUGGAGGAAGAACCCUGCAGCCUGCCCCAGUCCAUCAGCAGCAGUGAGCUGCAGGCCUCGGCCGUGUCCCUGCCCCUCAUCAUCCGGGAGAGAGACACAGAGUACCAGCUCACACGCAUCAUCCUCUUCAACAGGCUGCUGCAGGCCUACCCUUACAAGAAGACCCAGGUGUGGAAGGAGGCGCGGGUGGACAUCCCCCCCCUGGUCAGGGGCUUGGCGUGGUCCGCUCUGCUGGGCGUGGAGGGGGAUAUCCAGGCUAAAUACGACAGCAUAGACAAGGACACGCCCAUACCGACUGAUCGACAGAUUGAGGUAGACAUCCCUCGCUGUCACCAGUAUGACGAGCUGCUGUCGUCGCCCCAGGGUCACGUCAAGUUCCGCCGCGUGCUGAAGGCCUGGGUGGUGUCCCACCCCGAGCUGGUCUACUGGCAGGGUUUGGACUCUCUCUGUGCUCCCUUCCUCUACCUGAACUUCAACAAUGAAGCUCUGGCAUAUGCCUGCAUGUCUGCCUUCAUCCCCAAGUAUCUCUACAACUUCUUCCUCAAGGACAACUCUCAUGUCAUCCAAGAGUACCUGACGGUGUUCUCCCAGAUGAUAGCGUUCCACGACCCAGAGCUGAGCAACCACCUUAAUGACAUCGGAUUCAUCCCAGAUGUGAUAACCAGUGUCAUGUUUAUCUCUACCCCCCCAGACGUGUUUCCUCUGCACAAGAUCUUCCACCUGUGGGACACGCUGUUGCUGGGCAACGCGUCCUUCCCCUUCUGCAUCGGCGUGGCGAUACUGCUGCAGCUCAGGGAACGGCUGCUGGCCAACGGCUUCAACGAGUGUAUCCUGCUGUUCUCUGACCUGCCUGAGAUAGACAUCCAGCGCUGUGUGAGAGAGUCCGUCAGCCUGUUCUGCUGGACGCCCCGGAGCGCCACCUACCGACGCCACGCCCAGCCCCCCCGCGGGGCCCCCCGCGGUGCCCGGCCCCCGACCCCCCCCGGCCAGCUGCCCGCCUGCUUCUCUUCGGACUACCAGGACACGCCCACCACCGACCUGUCCCGGGAGCCCCUGGAGCUGGCAGACCUGAAGGCGGAGCUCUCUCCUCGUGUCUCUGCGGAGGACCUGAUCUCACUGUGUGAGCUGGCUCUGGGCGGAGCUUCCAGGAAGAGCCGCACCAGCAAGCCCAAGAUCCUCGCCGUCGACAUCCGCAGCGCUGACGACUUCGGCAGAGGCCACAUCUCCGGCAGCAUCAACGUCCCCUACACCCCUGGACCCAGCGGGGAGCUGGGCCCCGGCCCCGCCCCCGGCCCCGCCCCCGGCCCCGCCCCCGGCCCCGCCCCCCCCGCCCUGCAAGGCUACUUGGGACGAGUCAUCGUGGUCAUCAGCCACAACAUGAACUACGCCACUGCGUUUGCUACUCACCUGGUGCAGGUGAACUUUCCGAGAGUGUGUGUUCUGGACGGCGGCAUCAACAAGAUGAAACCUACUGGCCUCCUGACAGUGCCCUCGCCUCAGAUCUGACGCACACGCACACGCACGCACGCACGCGCGCACGCGUAUGUAAACACGACUUAGUUUUGUUGUUGUUUAUCAUAAUGCCCGCGCACGCGCACACUCUUGCAUACGUAAAUACAUACUCACAUGCGUUUAUACAUACAAACACUCACACGCAUAUACAUACACACAAAAACACCCCCAGAUACACAUAUAGACGCAUCGCACACAUCUCACUGCAAGCUCUGGUCUUGUGUACGCCACAUCAUGCUCUAUGGAGGAGGGAGGAGGGAUAUGAAGACAGAGGCUAUAACCCUGGAUCCUUGGAGAGCCCACCACGCCCAUCUCCCUGCAGCCCUCCUCCCUGCAGCCCAUCUCCCUGCAGCCCACCUCCCUGCAGCCCACCUCCCUGCAGCCCAUCUCCCUGCAGCCC